AUGGGUAGAAUUCAAAACAGCAAUCCUGGCAACGUGAUUACGAAUUAUGGUUUCCGGAUAUUUGCUGCCCGGUCUGAUGCGGAGUAUGAUGCACAAAAAAAUGACCUCGACAAAAAGAUCCGAGAAAUGGAGGAGCAACAGCGCAAGAUAGCGGAGAUGAUGGAAUCGCUCACAUCGAGGGAGACCAGGCAACAACCAUUGGAACCAAAUCCUUUUCAGCAAAAAUCGAGAGUUAAAAAUUCGAGUUCUGGGAUGGAUUUCCAAGUAUCAUCGGCGCCGCUUAAGGUGAUGAUAUUUGUCGAUGGAACAUGGCUGUACUAUUCGCUUCACGAAGCCCAGUCGCCAAUCCACCUACGAUAUGGGAGCGGCUGGCAGUAUAAAUACAAAUUCGACUGGAAUUCCCUCCCGAGGGUGAUAUGCAAAUCCUUGCAAGAACAGGAUAAGAAUCUUGGCUGGUCAACAAUGGCCCAGGACACCAAACGCUCUGGCCGUCCCAUUGAAGUCGUUCGAGUUAUGGUCUACACAUCUUACAAAACAGAUACUCCAAAACACUCAUUUCGAUAUCAAAUGUUUCAAGAAAUGAUGAAUGCGAAAUAUGAUGUUCAUAUGAUGGAGACAGUUGGCAGGGUUGAAAAAUGUAUAGAUAUUCAGCUUGCUGUCGAUAUGCUGCACUACGCUACAGUACCCGAUGCCUAUGAUAUAGCGGUCUUGCUUUCUGGUGACAAGGAUUUUAUGCCUGCAAUGAUAAGAACACGUCAGAAGGGACGUCGAGUUGGUCUUGCUAGUACUAGAACCGCAUGCAAUAGAGUGUUGAGAGAAAACUCAAACAUCAAGGACUAUGACGUCGUUUUCCUGGACGACUACCUUGACGAGCUUUUGAUUCCGAUGAAAAAAGACGAAGCAUUCUUGGGAAAUCCAAGUCUGUCACGAUUCACUCUGUUGAAAAUCAUUAGCGAUUUUGUGAGAGCUUCAAGGCUGGAGGCGGGGGUAAACUCGCGGGAUAUUGGGAGAUAUAUGAAAUCAUUAACCCUGGGAAGUCGGAACUUGUUGGACGAAGUGAAAGAAAUAUACGGCGGAUUGUAUCAGUUCCUGGUUGUAUCUGAAAUUUUUAAGGUAGAGCCAUGGGAGCGAAAAGAAUUUCUUGUCUCAGUAGAAAGCAACGCAGACUUCGUGAUGCAACAGGAACUCAAAGAUACCCGAUUUACUCGUGAAGAAUCACAAUUCUUUGAGGACUAUAGCGUUGAUUCGCUCGAAGAGAACAGAGACGACUUUUACGAAUACAGUUUUCCGGCGCAAGGUGACUCCACGUCCCAGCCCAACAGUCGACCAGCUCCGAUCAGAGAAUCGGUAGUGAUUAGUGAUCCCAAAGAAGAUAACAUUGAAGAUCUUUCAUCACAAACUGUGGCACAGUUGAAGGAACUGUGCCGCGAACGAGGUCUUCCAAUAUCUGGGAGGAAAGCGGACUUGGUGAAAAGAAUUGAGGCUGACAAAGAGAGCAAAAAACCGCAAAAACGACCAACUGAGGAAUAUUUGGAGGCUUUGAUUCUCGAAUUCCUACAAGCAAAAGGCGGACAAGCCAGCUCCCGAGACGUAGGUCGAUAUCUUGCAACCAACAAAGCCAGCCCUGGACGACUGGUUGAAUCAGGAGGUGUUCGGACUGCGGCAUUGACGGAGUUGAAAGAAGUACAUGGCAGUCUGCAAAGGUUUAUCAUUCAGUCAGACGCAUUCAUCGCCAAGGGGAUCAAGGGAAACGCAGAAUUCACCGUGUAUUCUUCAAAAUAA